UAUUGACAUUUUGAUUUUUGACACAAAUAUAAAUUAUUUAUCUUACUACUACGAGAACUAUAAAUUUUAUUUCAAGCUUUAGAUAAAUAAAUAAAAAUGUCUGUUCGUUUGGGUGGAGCAUUAAAAGAACUUAGAAUACAUUUGUGCCAGACAAGCAAACAAUCGGCGGGUGUUAGAGAGUUCAUCCAGCAAAACUAUGUUAAUAUCAAGAAGGAGAAUCCCAACUUCCCGAUAUUGAUCCGCGAAUGCAGUGGCGUCCAGCCUCGUAUCUGGGCCCGUUAUGAGAGAGGCGUCGAGCGCAGCGCCACACUUACCAACCUAUCAGCUGGCGACGUAUUAUCCGCUCUGAAACAACUCGUCAAAUGAAAGAAUUGUCUGGUUAUUUAUUAUGUAAAUAUAUUAAUAAGUAGUU